GGAGUCGAUGUUUAGAAACGCGGCUUUAGUAUUUAUAUCGCAAAUACAUUUCAGUAACAAUUGUUCAGCCGGGUCCAUCAAUAACAACAAUAAUGUCAACCCAAUUAAUAAAAAACGUUCAAAGAGUAUCGAAGCUAUUUCAACCAAUAAAAAUAUUUCCAAAAGAUGCAACAAUAACAGGAGACGAACGAGCAAAAAGUUAUAGGCUGAUGCUGGAUAUGGGUUUUAUUCAUCGAGAGAAUCCUGGAAUGUAUAGUCUUCUUCCUCUAGGAUAUCGAGUGCUUGAAAAAUUGACUGCCAUCAUCGAUAAUGAACUAGCAAAUAUUGGAGCACAAAAAAUGCUUCUUCCUCAUCUAACUAGUAAUAAUUUAUGGAAAAAAAGUAAUAGAAUUUUGCCAAUGGCACCAGAGCUUUUUAAGCUCAAAGAUAGGCAUUUGGCUGGAUAUAUAUUAAGUCCUACACAUGAAGAAGCUAUAUCCAAAUUGUUAGCAACAUCUGAACCUUUAACCAAAAGCCAACUACCUCUCUUACUUUAUCAAAUUUCUACGAAAUGGAGAGAUGAAAUGAAACCCAGACUAGGACUCUUUCGAGGUCGAGAAUUCAUUAUGAAGGAUUUAUAUUCAUUUGAUAGUUCUUUUGAAAAUGCUAAAAGUACUUAUGAGCUCGUUCACAAAGCGUAUGACAAAAUUUUUUCACAACUUGAUAUUCCUCACACUAUUGCUAACGGCAGUACAGGAUUAAUGGGUGGAUCUUUAUCUCAUGAGUAUCAUUAUUUAUCAGAUAUGGGUGAAGACGUAAUUCUUCAUUGUACUUCUUGUAAUGAAUACAAUAAUGCUUCUUUCAUUCAAGAGUCAACCGAAAAUGAAGAAAAUCCUACUUGUAAAAAGUGUGGUGAACAAUUUAUAAAAAAAUCAGGAAUCGAGGUUGCUCAUACAUUUUUGCUUGGAAAUCAUUAUUCUAAAAUGUUUGAAGCAAAGUAUAUAUCCCAGACAGAUCAUAUUCCAUACGAAAUGGGUUGUUAUGGUAUUGGAUUGACAAGACUGAUGGCAGCUGCAGUAGAAAUGUUAUCAACAGAAGAAAGUAUCAAGUGGCCAAAAUCUAUCACACCUUUUACAGUAUGUCUUAUUCCUCCAAAAAUACAUAGCAAAGAAGCUGAAGCAGAUCACCAUGUUGACAGAAUAAUUGAAAUGUUAAGUCAGAAAAAUAUUGACUUUAUUGUUGAUGAUAGAACUAAUUUAACUAUUGGCCGACGAAUGGUUGAUGAUAAAAGAACAGGGUUUCCUUACAUUCUUAUUGUAGGAAAAUCUGCAACGUUACCUGAACCUACAUUUGAACUUCAUGAUCUACACAAAGCUGAACAAGCUGAUAUGAGCAUGAAUCAGUUGGAUGACUUUUUUGAUAGUAUAAAGAGAAAUGUUUUAAGCCCAAGUAAUCAAGAUGAAGGGAACCAAGGAGAAUCGAAUUUGAAAUUAAAAUCACUUUAUGUUAAUAUUAGCACUAUUGGUAAAUAAGUAAAAUAAGUAGGUAAGAAUAGAUUAAAGUCAUAAAAUGACUUGUUUAUUCAUAUUAAUGUAAAUUUUUAUAAUUAAUAAUUAUUA